UCCCCCUCUCGUACAAAAGAUCAACAUCAGUGACAAGGGUUAGCUCGAGCUGUUGUUCCAUUUUCAUCAGCAUCUGAAAAAUAAAAGAGAGAGCGAAGGAAGGAGAGAAAAGUGUUCGAUUCGAUGGCGGAAAGCAUGACUCCAUCUGCAGGCUCAUCAUCGCAUUCGUUCUUUCGGAGGCAUUGGGAAGGUUGGAAAGAGUAUUGGGGUGAGAGAUUUGCUUUCCUCGAUAACUACAGCCAGUUCGUCAAGCGCGAUAAGCCCAUACCCUCAUGGUCUGACUCAGACGUUGAGGCAUUCAUCGCUUUGGAUCCAGUCCACGGCCCUGUUCUGAAGACAGCUAGGGAAGCAGUGAAAUUUGCUGCUACAGGAAGCAUUAUCGGAGCAGUUUCAACAGCAGGUUUUGCUUGGAAAUAUUCAAGGAGUCCUCAUGGUGCUGUCUUGUCCUUUGGAGCUGGAGCUGUGUUUGGUUGGACUUUUGGGCAAGAAAUUGCAAACCACUGGUACCAACUAUACAGGAUGGAUACCAUGGCUGCGCAGGUGAAGUUCUUGGACUGGUGGGUGAACAAAACCAACAGUUGAUCUUGGGUUACAUCUGUCAUGAGGGACAAAACCUCACCUGGUAUUGAUUGCUUUCAAUAAGAAUAACAAAUGGUGAUGGGAAACAGAAGUUAUGAAGUUGGCCUCUUUUAGAUUUCCGUUUUCUGAUUUAGUGAAGUGAAAAAGCCCUGAGUUCUGAUCUUAACAUUGGCUUUGACUUGAUAAUAUACAUUAUUGUGGAAUCUUCAUUUCCAUGCUAAACGCUGAAUUUGGUAGAUUUGAAGACUCUUUACUUCAGUUGAAACAACUGACAGAUAUUUUUCUGAA